UUCACAUUUCAAUCGUCGUUUAGUAAACGGAUGUACUUUUUACUCCGUAAUUUUCAUUGAAUUUUUUUAAUAUUCUUUGAAUUCUAAACUCGAUUUUCAUAUUGUAAAUAAUUACAUACAAGUGCUGCUACUAUCGUUCUUUAUAUACUCAUAUAUUAAUUAUAUAAUGUUUUGAAUAUAUAUGUUAUGUCUUCCGAUUUGAAUAUGCAUUUUCCAAGUAGAAUUCCUAUUUCGAAGCGAAACCCUAAGAAGCGGUCUACUACUCCCAGUACCACCACCACCACUAGUACUUCCAUCAAGAUGGUCAAUAAAAAAUCGAAUUCCACUCCCAAAUUGAAACGCGAAUCAAAGAAAAAAGAUGUGGCAGGAGCCCCCGCGGUCGUUCCGUCACCUUCAAAGGCAAUGUCAAAACCGUCCAAGCUGCCAAAGUUUAAGCACGUACAUCAGGCCGGGGUUCAGGUCUGCGCCAAUGAUUUCCCUAAGGCCGAAACCGACCCCAACAACAAAAUGAGCUCCGAUGAAGGAUCCGAGGACUUUAAGUCGGCUGAUUUUAAUUUUGAAUUCCCGGACGUGGAAUCGCAACAACAACAACAACAGCAACAACAACAACAACAACAACAACAACAACAACGACAGCAGGAACAGCAGGAACAGCAGGAACAGCAGGAACAACUUGAUGAAAUUAUUAACCAGGAGCAACAACUGGAGCGGCAGGAACUCGCCGAUCCAGAAGCCUCCGGUGCAAUUGAAGACGUGAUGAAUGAUGAAUUGCCAGUGGAGGAAAAGAAGGAGGGUGAAGUGAAGCAAGUCCCACUGACCAGAUUGAAUCUUUUACAAGCGGAAAUAAUGGCAAGCGAUGAAGAAGAACAGGGUAUGCGGGAGAAUGUAUUGUGUGAAGAAGCUGAGGACGAGCCAGUCCAUUCAGCUGAGACUCACUCAUUCGAUGAUGUGGAGGUUGAAGAAGAUCAGCAACAAAAUGAGAAAGAAGAUGAAGAAAAGGUGGAAUGUUCUCUAUUGAAAUAUGUGCUGUCUGGAAAAUUAAUAUACAAUAUCAUUUUUUCUGAAGGAUUUAAAAGAGGAUUCGACCAGACAUUUUAUCCUGCCCUGAUUUUAGGUCUCGGAGAUAUUUUAUAUUCUAUCUAUCAACAAUACACCAUGUAAAAAAUUGAUCGUCACCUAAGUUUUUGUUGAAAAUAAAGUCGCAAUGUUAUAAUUGAA